AUGAUGGACCAAUUGAUUCAGAUCGACAAUACACAAACAGCGCAUUUCCGCGGGCGCAAACUUCGAGGUCGGCGCGUCGCCCUUCCUGAUGGCUAUCGAGGUGUAGUUGCAACACACACAGACCGCGUGUUACCUGCAGCUCAACGGGCAGACGGUGCUGAGGAUGAAGAGGCCGAGCCCGAGGAACCAGUGAAGAUUAUGGAGGCUCAGGGAACCUUUGAUGAGUUUGUAGUAUGGGGACAUGAGGCUCUUCCUGCGGCAGAUGACGCUUUUGUCAAGGGAGUAGAGGAGUGGCUGCAGUUUGCGGAUGCGAUGCAUACAACUCCAAGAUCGGCGACAAAUGGAAACAAGGAGUCUGCUGCUGCUUGA